AUGGCCCCUGCUACCCAAAAGGCAAUGAUGCUCCAGAGUUUGGCACAAUUACUACAGGAUUCCGGAGACCUGAUUCUUGAUGGUACUAGUACCUUGACCUUAUUCACCUCCACACUGCACUAUCUCACACAAAUAUUUGAGCAGCACCUAAUACCACGAAACCAGAAUCACGGCUUUAUUGCGCUCUCAUCGCACCCUACUGAAACUUCUGCCAUCCUUCAAGCCCAAUUCCUCUUUGAUGUCUUGCAGAAGACAUUGUCUUUGAAGCUUAUUCAUGUUCCUGAUUGUCCUCUGCCAGCUGUUGUGAAGAUCUCCCCCUUCAAAUCUUUGCGUCGUUUAGAGCUGAAGUGUAUCCCUCUGCACUGUUUGAGGGGUCUACGACUUAUCUAUUCCCAGCUGGAGGCUCUGACCUGUUCCAAGUGUGUGAACUCAUUGCAGGAGAUAAUUUCAGCAUGUGGAGGAGACCUUAGUUCUGCCCUGCCUUGGCUGGAACUGCAGACGGUCAACUUCAGCUAUAACUCCAUCGCUAACUUGGAUGACUCACUGCAAUUAUUGAAUGCCCUGAAGGCUUUGGAUCUUAGUCACAAUCUCCUAAAGGACUGUGAGCACUACUUGACAGUGCUGACAGAGCUGGAAUAUUUAAAUGUUGCCUACAACUUCCUGCCCAAAAUGCCUGCUCUUGGGCUGCUUAGCAGGGCUAAAUUGGUGGCCCUGAUCCUGCGGUACAACCAGCUUGACAGUAUUAAUGGUGUGGAACAGCUAUCUAGUCUACAGCACCUGGAUGUUGCCUAUAACUUGCUGUUGCAACAUGCUUUGUUGGCACCACUGUCCUCGUUGCACAACCUGAAAAGACUGCACUUGGAAGGGAAUCCAUUAUGGUUUGAUCAAAAUCAUCGGCCAGCUACCAUGUUGCAUUUAUCUUCCAGGGUCAUCUCCUGUGAUUUCCUCCUUGAUGGAGAGUUGCUGUCUGCCUCUGACCUGCGGCAUCUGUCAAAACUGGAUCCGGUAGUUGUUCAUCCGCUGUACACACCUGCUUCAGAGAAAGCCCUGAUGGACCGCAGUGCCCUGGAAAGUUCUUGUGCAGCAGAUCAAAGUGACAGCCAAUCUGCUGGAGAGAGCCGAACUGCAGGGCCGCCACCUCGGGAGAAAACAAAGGGGAAAGUCAAAGUGCGCAGGGCCAGCAUCUCGGAGCCCAGUGAUACAGACCAUGAACAUUCAACGCUACCCCUCUCAGCAGGUGUAGUUCGACAGCACCAGGCAGAAAUGGAGCGCAUGGACAGUUUCCGGGAUCGUUUCGGUGCGCACUGGCUGCAGUACAGAUGGCACCUAGAAGCUGGACAGGGAAGGCCCAGCACACCGUCUGACAGCCCAACAACAGACUCUCUAGGCUGUUCAACUGAGGCUUCUGAACAAAUCAAGAGCACAGUGCUAGAGCAGAAGAUUGCUGAUGCUGCAGAAGGAAAGGAACUGGAGCUGCCGAAUGCUGAAGUUGUGGUGGAAGGUGUCACGGCGGUAGUGGAAACAGAUUGUUCCGCAUCUACCGAAGAGAGAGAUGAGGAGGAGAGACCAGAAGUGGACCUCUGCCAGCCAGUGUUGGUAAGCCAGAUAGAAGGUGAUGGUGACCCAGAUUCAGACUGGAUCUUCUUGCGUGUUACUGCUCGACAUGUGAUGGAGGUGGAACUGAAAGCAGGCAAAAUUGUGCACAGGCUAGAAGUGCAAAAUCUGCAGAAAAUAGAGACGUCAGAGAUGCUGUGGAGAAGACUGGACCUGGAGCGUGUGUUUCCUGUUCUCACGCUGCAUUUCAACUACAUCUUCAAGGACCGUCAGAAGCGUCAAUAUGUAGUGCUGGAUGAUCAUCCUGAGAUUUGUGUCCAGGAAUUGUUGAGAGUGUUGAAACCCACCGUAGAAGAAAAUGGGAAGAAGGGCAGAGAGCAGGUAGAGGAGGGUCCAAAGCUCCAGUGCCUGAAAUGUAAACGGGAGUUUGCUGCAGGCUUGCUCUGUCUGCAGAAUCCAGGCCCUGCUACAGAGAUGCCAGCAUUCUCGGAUCAAGCUGCUGCUGCUGCUUUCAGUGAGCCCAUGAUCUGUCCCAGAUGCUCCAGCGACCAUGUGGUCAUCCUGCCCUGUGAGAGGUGCCUCAGCACACCUCCGAUCCCUCAGGAAUGUCUUGAUGAAAGCCAGCAGGAAGGAGUGUCAGGGAAAUUCUAUAUUGGAGACGAGAACUCUGAGACUGGGACCAGCUCCAGUACCCGGACUCAAGAGCUGAGCAGUGACCACGGCAGUGCUGUGCAGUCCAGUUCCCGCAGCUCUGAAGGGGACAGUGGGACCAGGAGGAAUUUGAGCUUCCAGGGCUGCUAUUCUUCCCUCAGCCACACGGACACCAAUGCUGGGAGCCUAAUGGGGAGUUAUGGCUACAGCGCUUCCCGGGGGACCACCCCUUCUCAGCUCUCCCUGAGCUCAGAGCAUGAAGAGCACUGGAACCUCAGCCCCCCGUCAAACACUAUGUUGACCAUGCGGGACUUCUGUUCUGUGGACCAUCGUCUCAAGCUUUAUUUGGACAUGGAAGUCUUCAGUAAGUCAGAAGAGUUCAAGUGUUUCCUAAAGGUCAGUGUGGUGAAGGAUGGCAAGCCUGGGGAGUUCCUUGCACUCGUGGUGGCUUCAGAUGUCCAUCUCUAUUUCUUGGAGGUUAAGGGAGAGAUCAGGGGGCAGCCGUCAGAUUGGCUGAAGAAGAGAGACUGCCACAAUCUUGCUGACCUCUGUGCCUGGGAGGUGGGGCUGUUCCACCAGAGCUUGCACAUUGUGUUUGAGCAUCCAUGCACCUCCUACACUCUCCUGCUUCGCAACCAGAGCCGCUGCAGAAGAUUCCUGCAAUGCUUAACAUAUCUCAUGCAGGAAUUGCCAGCCAAGAGCCGGAGAGAAAUCCCAGAGGUUACUGUGGCAGAAAUGACUCUGCAUCAUCCACUGUGGGUAUUGCUUGACAAAGACCUAGCAAAAGAAGCUGGAGCUGGAGGUGGCUCAGCCAAGCCCUUCUUCUACCUCUUGGCCUAUCUCAUCCAAGGAGUGGCUGCCUUUCCUGUGACAUUGCUCAGCACUCGUAGCAAUCUCUUCUUGGUGGAAGAAGAUCAUCAGAGGCAGAAAGUCCCACCCUCCUCUGGUGCAGAGGGUGGUACUGAGAAGCUUCCAAAGAAUAGCUUCCAGCUGAAGGAGAGUCAUCCAAUCAGCAGCAUCAGUGGUGUUAUACUUUACCGCUUCUCCCCUUGUGAUAUGAAGCUGCAGCUUUAUGAUGAAGUCCUAAAAGAGGAGAGUGCCUGGCACCUGCGCACAGAGUGUCCAGAUCUGCUGGCUGAGCUGGUGGAGUGGCUUCGUGUCCCCUGGGAAGAAAUGUUUUCAAUUGCUCUCAACAAGACAGUGCUUGAGGUGCUGGAGUGAAUGA